CUAAAUUAAAUUAAUGUGGGUUGACAAUAACUUUGUUGUGAGCAUAAUGAAAGAGAGAAGUACAGAUCUUCUGAAUAAAGGGAAGAUCAAAGUAAGAGAAUGAAACUGUAAACAGCUGUUUUCAGUGUCCAACAGCAGCUGGUAUCUGUUCUGUGUUAUGGGGACAGAAAUCACGUUACACGAAAUCAUCGUUUGAGCACGUAAAAUGCGUUUGUUAACGGCUGAGUUGUGCUCAGCUGGAUUUCAAUGGAAACGAGAGCUCGCGCAGGGGGGCUGACAGACCGGUUAUCGCGCUCCAUCCGUGAUGACCGCAUUUCUUAAGGGCAGCGCGAGCUGUGGCUUCAUGCGCACGCUCGCUCACUCCCCUCGAGUCAUUUGGUGAGAGCAGGACGUGCAGAUCCCUGACCUUUCCCUAGACUGCUGAAAAAAAGAGAGAGGCGGCGAAAAAGAGGAAAAAUUCACAGUAUUGUGUGUGUGAAUCAUCCGGGAAUCCAUCUUUAAAUCAGAACCGUGAAGACGCGAGCAUGUGAACGCGCAAAGAGGCAACGAACGAACCUCGGAAACGUGAAUUUUAGAGAAUUAUCGAAUCGGUGGGAUGAACGUGGAGCAGGGCAGGUUUGAAGGAAUGAUACGCAAGGGAAACGGCACGAUGAGCGUCAUGAGCGGCAGCGCGAACUCCACCAUCACGCAGCCUCCCGGUGGACGGAGCCGUGGAGACUCGCGCUACCCGCAGUACGCGGCCCACCAGAGCGGUACGAUGAUGGUGAAACCCCAGAACGAGCCGGCGGACUUGGUCAAACGAGCCCUGGACUUCAAGACGCAAGGCACGCAGUGCUACAAGGAUAAAAAAUACCGCGAGGCCAUCGGCAAGUACCACCGCGCGCUGCUGGAAAUGAAGGGUCUGUGUCGCGUGCUGGGGGACCCUGACACCAGCAAGUCUCCCUCUACCGUCCUGACCAGCAUCAGCAAGUCCAGCCUGACAGACGAGCAGAAAGGCGCGGUGGAGAAUGCGGAGCUGGAGUGCUACAACAGCCUGGCAGCAUGUCUGUUGCAGAUGGAGCUAGUGAAUUAUGAACGGGUGAAAGAGUACUGUCUGAAGGUUUUGAGAAAGGAGGGUGAGAAUUUUAAAGCCCUGUAUCGCUCUGGUGUGGCGUAUUAUCAUCUGGGAGACUUCAACAAAGCCCUGCACUACCUGAAGGAGUCACACAAACAGCAGCCCACAGACACAAACGUCAUCCGCUACAUCCAGCUCACGGAAAUGAAGAUUCGACGAAAUGCCCAGAGAGAGAAAUCAGAAGUUCCAUAAAAACAGCAGCUCCCACUCGAAUAGCUUUCCACUGCGGACACCCCACACUUCCCUCGUCGCACUCUCUGUGGAUGAGGUUCGGCAUUUCACGGAAGACUUUAUUCCAGUGCGGGUCAACACACUUGCCUCAGUCCUGUCAGAAACAAUCUUCUGGCUCAGAAUGAAGAGCUGAAUCAGGUGUGCUGUGUCCUGCAGUAGACUGUGGAGACCAGGGAUGGAGUCUACCAGGGAUCUCAAAGGCAUUUAUUAUGCUUUUUGAAGUACAGUAAUGCUGUCAAAAUGUUUGCUUUUAUUCUUCGGUUAUAUUUAAGCUAAAAGCUAACAGAUGUAGGUCUCUAAAAGCAGUCGUGGUCUGAAGUUGUGCUCCACAGCACACCCUCAGAUCAUUAUGUGGCUGGUGAAGCAUAGUUUACAUAUUCCUACAGCUUUUUCAUUUGCAUAUUGUUUCCAGAUCAUGACAAAUAUGUUUUUAUUAGAGAUUCUGAAUCAGUUUUGCUAGAAACACAUGCAGCUCAUUCAUUUGAAGUGUAGUCAAGUGUCACUACCAGUGAAACGAUGCCAAUCAUAUACUACUAUAUAACCUACUCUUCACUUGACACCCACAUUCAAAUCGCAGUGGGAAAGAUCUCACACAUACACACAGAGUGGGCUUAGGUGUACACACACACACACACACACAGUGGAUAUGAGUGUAAGCAUGUGAAUCAAUCACAGUCUGACACGCAUACAAAAGCAUGUAGGAAAAAUAAAACUGUGGUCAUUGUUAUA